GAGUCCCCCACCUCGGCCCCCCAGCCCGUCCCUGUCCUCCUCUGGCUUGCCCUGAGUUGAGAAGAGCAGCCGCUGCCACCACCACCACCACCGCCACCGCACCGGGGCUGCUGGCCAGAGAGGGACAGGGCAGGGAGGCUCCGGCCAGUCCCAGCAGCCGGGGACAGAUGCCGAUCGAGAUUGUGUGCAAAAUCAAAUUUGCUGAGGAGGAUGGGAAACCAAAAGAGAAGGAAGCAGGGGAUGAGCAGAGUCUCCUGGGGGCUGCUCGGGGGGCUGUGGCCCCCCGGGACCUGGCCGCUUUCGCCAGCACCAGUACCCUGCAUGGGCUGGGCCGGGCCUGUGGGCCGGGCCCCCACGGACUGCGCAGAGCCCUGUGGACACUGGCCCUCCUCACCUCGCUGGCAGCCUUCUUGUACCAGGCAGCCAGUUUGGCCCGGGGCUACCUCAGCCGCCCCCACCUGCUGGCCAUGGACCCGGCAGCCCCAGCCCCUGUGGCCGGCUUCCCGGCUGUCACCCUCUGCAACAUCAACCGCUUCCGGCACUCGGCGCUCAGCGACGCUGACAUCUUCCACCUGGCCAAUCUGACGGGGCUGCCCCCCAAAGACCGGGACGGGCACCGUGCGGCUGGCCUGCGCUACCCAGAGCCGGACAUGGUGGACAUCCUCAACCGCACUGGCCACCAGCUGGCCGACAUGCUCAAGAGCUGCAACUUCAGUGGGCGCCACUGCUCUGCCAGUAACUUCUCGGUGGUCUACACUCGCUAUGGGAAGUGCUACACCUUUAAUGCGGACUUGCAGCGCCCACUGCCCAGCCGGGCGGGGGGCAUGGGCAGUGGCCUGGAGCUUAUGCUGGACAUUCAGCAGGAAGAGUACCUGCCCAUCUGGAAGGAGACAAAUGAAACUUCGUUCGAGGCCGGCAUCCGGGUGCAGAUCCACAGUCAGGAGGAGCCGCCCUACAUCCAUCAGCUGGGCUUCGGCGUGUCCCCUGGCUUCCAGACCUUCGUGUCCUGCCAGGAGCAGCGGCUGACCUACCUGCCCCAGCCCUGGGGCAACUGCCGGGCAGAGAGUGAGCUCUGGGAGCCGAAGCUGCAGGGAUAUUCGGCCUACAGCGUGUCUGCCUGCCGCCUGCGCUGUGAGAAGGAGGCGGUGUUACAGCGCUGCCACUGCCGGAUGGUGCACAUGCCAGGCAAUGAGACUAUCUGCCCGCCCAAUAUCUACAUCGAGUGUGCUGACCACACGCUGGACUCCCUGGGAGGGGGCUCCGAGGGCCCGUGCUUCUGCCCGACCCCCUGCAACCUGACACGCUAUGGGAAAGAAAUCUCCAUGGUCAGGAUCCCCAACAGGGGAUCAGCCCGAUACCUGGCAAGGAAGUACAAUCGCAAUGAGACCUACAUAAGAGAGAACUUCCUGGUCCUGGACAUCUUUUUUGAGGCCCUGACCUCUGAGGCCAUGGAGCAGCGAGCAGCCUAUGGGCUCUCAGCUCUGCUGGGUGACCUCGGGGGACAGAUGGGCCUCUUCAUCGGGGCCAGCAUCCUCACAUUGCUGGAGAUCCUGGACUACGUCUAUGAGGUGUCCUGGGACCGGCUAAAGCGGGUGUGGCGUCAUCCCAAGACCCCCCUGAGGGCUUCCAGUGGGGGCAUCUCCACCCUGGGGCUACAGGAGCUGAAGGAGCAGAGUCCCUGCCCAAGCCGAGGCUGUGCUGAGGGCGGGGGGGCCAGCAGCCUGCUCCCCAACCACCACCACCCCCACGGCCCUCCUGGAGGCCUCUUUGAAGACUUCGCCUGCUAAGAUGGGUGCUGUGUCUGAAAGGACCCAAGCGUCUGGGACCCCUCCUGAGCCCCUCAACAUCUCUUGCUCUUGGGACCUUGAAGACCUAGGGGCAGCCCAAGGCUGUGUGUGUUGGGGUGCUCUCUGCGAGGGUGGGGGCUCGGUUCCUGUUCUCACCUGCCCCUGGAGCCAGCUACUUUGCACAAGAGUCUGUGUACGUGUCUGCACCCUCUCCCCCAGGCUGGUGGUGGAGGCAGCAGGAGACCAGGCCUUGGGCCCUGUGGAGGGGGUGGGAGGAAGGUGACCACCGCAGCAGGGGAGGAACCUAUUGUACAUUUGUAUAUA